AUGACGACCCUUGUGGCGGCCGACUGGAGGAAAUACACAAUAUUCCCAAACAAAACCCUCGCUGUGCUCGAGACGCUACUCGGUGAUAUGCAGGCGGCCAUUAGGCGAGUUGCACCUCGACCGGUAAUUGUGGCGGGCGACUUUAAUGCGAAGAAUACGGCUUGGGGAUCGCCUGCCACAGACGUGCGGGGGAUUGCGGUUGAAGUCUGGGCCACGGAAUCUGGGUUGGCACUUCUCAACUGCGGCACAGCACAAACCUGUGUUCGGGUUCAAGGGGGGUCCAUUGUAGACCUUUCCUUUGCGAGCCCGGCGGUUGCUCAGGCAGUACGAGAUUGGCGAGUUAUGGGGGAGGUGGAGACGCUGUCGGAUCACUUAUAUAUCCGCUUCAGCGUCUCCUCCUCCAGAGGGAUGCAGUUGGUCCCCGCCUUCCCUGCGAUGGCCUCAACGUUUCCGCGAUGGGCCCUCGCGGGGUUGGACGUUGACCUGCUGAAGGAGGCCGCCAUCGUCGAGUCCUGGAGCUCCCCGCCUCCGGGGACGACGGACGAGGAGGCGAUGUGUUUCCGCAGCGCGAUCACCAGGGUCUGCGAUGCCUGCAUGGUCCGCGUGCGGCAAAGACCUCAAAAGAGGCAGGUGGACAUUGCGGAUCUUCGGCGACGCUGUGUCGCCGCCCGCCGGAAGUUCCAACGACAGCGGCGGCGGCGGCCGCGGAAUGAGGAACUGAAUGACCAUCUGCAGAGGGCGUAUCACGACGCCAAAAAAUCCUUGCAGCUGGCCAUCCUGAGGGCCAACGACACUGCCUGGGGUGAGCUCCUCGCGGGCUUGGACCGCGAUCCCUGGGUUCGUCCAUACCGAGCAACCAGGGGCAAGCUUGGUCGGGGUCCGCCGCCUGCUGAAUCUAUUUCACCGGAACGGCUGGCCACGGUGCUGGAGGCGUUGUUCCCGGCCCCAACUGGCGUUAUCCCACCGGUGCAUGAGCCGGAAACCACCGAGGAGGUGCCUCUCGUAUCCGAGGGUGAGAUGGGAGCCGCACUUCUGCGGCUUCGUGGGGGCAAAACGGCCCCUGGCCCCGAUGGUGUGCCCGGCAGGGCUCUGGUCUUGGCCUUGGGGCCCCUAGAGGAACGCUUGAGGGAGCUUUUCACCGCUUGUCUUCGGCGUGGAGAGUUCCCGCAGUGUUGGAAGGCGGGCAGGGUUGUUCUCCUUCGUAAGGAGGGACGCCCUGAAGAAUCGCCCUCGGCUUACCGGCCAAUCAUCCUGUUGGACGAGGCCGGUAAGCUGUUGGAGAGGGUGGUCGCGAGGGUCCUGACCUGUCCGACGCCCAGUACGGGUUCCGACCAUCGCGCUCCACAA